CAGCUGGUUUUACGUCGAGGCGUCACGUUGUUGAUCAUGAUCUUCAUCCUCACGGCUGGAAUCAUCAGCAGCAGUGGAUCAGAUGGAGCCGAGCACGUUUCACUCUGUCACCGUUAGAGACACUGAGACAUGGAGGGAUCCACUAGAUCACCAGCCGGACUCUCUGAGGGGCUGAAAGGAGAAAUAAAACCGGGUGAAGCGGGUUCUGCUGCUCCUCCUCAGGACUCCGGAGGCUGCUGGAGCUCCUGCAGGAGGAACAUGCGGCUCCUGGUCCCGCAGGAGUACCGGCAGGAGCUGCUGCAACUCUUUAAACUAGCGGGACCGGUGGUCAUUUCCCAGCUGAUGGUCUUCAUGCUCAGCUUCGUCAGCACCGUGUUCUGUGGUCACCUGGGAAAAACUGAACUAGCAGGAGUAGCUUUAGCGAUAGCAGUGGUGAACGUGACUGGUAUUUCCAUUGGCACUGGUCUGUCUCUAACCUGUGAUACCCUCAUAUCUCAGACGUAUGGGAGUGGUAACCUGAAGCGAGUGGGUGUGAUUCUCCAGAGGGGGGUCCUGAUCCUGCUGCUGGCCUGUUUCCCCUGCUGGGCCGUCCUCAUCAACACUGAACCUCUCCUGCUGGCGGUCAGACAGAGCCCCGAGGUGGCCAGACUCGCCCAGCUCUAUGUGAAUGUCUUCAUGCCUUCUCUGCCAGCUGCUUUUAUGUACCAGCUGCAAGCGAGGUAUCUUCAAAAUCAGGGAAUCAUCUGGCCUCAGGUGGUGACUGGAGCCAUUGCUAAUAUCUUCAACGCGGUCAUCAACUACGUCUUCCUCUACCCUCUGGAGCUGGGCGUGGCUGGAUCUGCUGCAGCUAAUGCUAUCUCAGAGUAUGUGCUGGCUGUGGUCUUAUGUGUCUACAUCUGCUGGAGAGGUCUGCAUAAAGCCACAUGGGGAGGUUGGUCCCUGGACUGUCUCCAGGAGUGGGGUCCCUUCGUCAGGCUGGCGGUCCCCAGUAUGCUGAUGCUGUGUCUGGAGUGGUGGAUGUUUGAGGUGGGAGGUUUCCUGGCUGGAGUCAUCAGUGAGACUGAGCUGGGAGCCCAGUCCAUCGUUUAUGAGCUGGCUGUUAUAGCUUACAUGUUCCCGUUAGGAUUCUCUGCUGCUGCCAGUGUUCGGGUUGGAAACGCUCUCGGUGCAGGAAACAUCGAGCAGGCCAAGCUGUCGGCCAAAGUCCCCAUCAUCUGUGCAUUCGUGAUAGCAUGUUUUGUUGGAACCAUCCUCGGAGUUACCAGACAUGUCAUUGGAUACAUCUUCACAUCAGAGCAAGAUAUUUUACUGAGGGUUUCUGACGUCAUGAUCAUAUUUGCCAUCAUGCAUCUUGCUGAUGCUGUUGCGGGAACAGCUGGAGGCGUCCUCAGAGGAGCAGGGAAACAGCUGGUUGGAGCUCUGUGUAACCUGGUGGGCUUCUACUUCAUUGGGUUCCCCAUCGGGGUCUCCCUCAUGUUUGCUGCAAACAUGGGCAUCAUAGGACUGUGGACUGGACUCAGCAUCUGUGUUCUACUGCAGUCGAUUUUUUUCAUCACAUUUUUGUGCAAACUUGAUUGGAAGAAGGCUUCUAAAGAGGCUCUUGUGAGAGCAGGAGUCCAGUUAAAGGAAGAAGAGGCGGUCAAGAUGGAAAAUAUAGACUCCAGUCAGAACCACCAGAGCCCGGUCAGUGCUGAGAGUCCUGAGGAGGACCACGCCUACCAGGAGGUUCAUGUUCCAGGCCAGAUCAAACCCACCGCCACCACAGUGGGAAACGUCCUGUCAGUGUCCCAGCUGGUGUUACGCCGCGGCCUCACGUUGCUCAUCAUGCUCGUCAUCCUCGUCGCUGGGAUCUUCAUCAGCCACUUCCUCACCAGGCUGCUGGAAUGAGUCCUCCAAAGACUCAACACAGGAAGUCAGACUGGAGGUUGUUGGGCUCCACUGUAAGGUCCAUAAAGCAAUAUUUUCAUGCGACAAUUGGCAUGAACACUCUCCAUGGGUCACUUGACAAGAAAAUUGUCAGAGACAUUUGAAAUUUUAGGAUGGCGGCCAUUUUUCAAGAUGGCCGACACCUGAGUUGAGCAGUUAAGUGAUAUAAUGGUUUAUUUGGUGAUACAUUGUGUGAUGAUUGUGUGUGUGAAUGGGUGAAUGAGCGUUGUGUGUAGUGUAAAGCACUUUGGAUAAAAGCGCUAUAUAAGUGCACCCCAUUUACCAUUUAAGCCACCCACAGUUAGUUGAAAUUCCAAGAUGGCGGCCAUUUUUCAAGAUGGCCGACACCUAAGUGGAGCAGUUAAAUUAUAUAAUGGUUUAUUUGGUGAUACAAGCAUAAAAAUUGGCAUGAGCAGUAUCUAUGGGCCACUUGACAAUAAGCUAUGCGCAGUUACUUGAAAUUCCAAGAUGGCGGCCAUUUUUCAAGAUGGCCGACACCUUAGUGGAGCAGUUAAGCGAUAUGAUUGUUUAGUUAGUGUCACACGCACACACAUUGGUGUGAGUCUCUAAAGGUUGACAAAAAAACACUCCCAGCCACUUGAAAUUUCUGUCCGCCAUCUUAAAAUUCUCUGACAGUUUUCUUGUGACCCAUGGAGAGUGUUCAUGCCAAUUUUCACACUUGUAUCAUAAACUGAACGAUUCUUUCAAAAAUGAGCACUUAGCCGCUCCACUACUAGGGUUGGGUAUCAUUUGGAUUUUAAGGAUUCCAUUUCGUAUUAUUAUUCUGCUUAUCGAUUAUCAGGAUCAGAAGCCUUUAAUGUCAUUGCACAGAGUAACAAGUACUAGUACAACCAGAUUUGCCAUCAACCCGUCCAAAACGUAUAAAACACACAAACAAUAUGACACAGAGAUGAAAGAAAAGAAAUGCAGCACAACGUGAGGAGAGGAAAGGAGGAAAAACCAAUGGAAUUUGGUCUGAUCUGGAUCUCCUUUAACUUAAUGCUAAUCGUAAUCAAGGAUGAGGACUAUUUAAUCAUGCAUGAUGCAUCAGAGCUUUUUGCGUGUUGGUGGGCCCUAUGUUGUGCAGAAUGGGCCCUUUUUAUUUUUACAAACGGUCUGAGUCCUCCACUGGUCUAAUCUAAAUUAAAUGUUUCACUUUGUGCAGUGUCAUCGAGUCCAGAAAUGUUGCAUAGGAAUCUAUAAGCAGAAGUGAAAUGGAAAAUGUAGUCUUGAUUCUUUUAGAACCAGAUUUUAGGAACCGGUUUCUGAUGCCCAACCCUAACAUUAGAUUGAAGAACUUUAUAGUGUGUUCAGAUUAGCGCUGCUGGUGAAUCAACCCCUGCAGAGUCUGCAGUUCUAUGCAGCUUCUAGCCAAUAACCCUCAUCCAGACCUGCACACAGUCUAAUAAACAAGAUGAGAAGUGGAAUAUCUACCAAACCAAAGAGACCCACAUGUGUUUUUAGUGGACCAACACUUUACGAGAAGGGGGUUUGUCCUGUUUGAAUCCCCAACAGUAAGGUGCUGUAUUACAUUGUAUGUAAUCCUAGUGGAACUUGCCACAUAAAGUAGCUCAGGUAGAGUAAAAAAAAGCUUUAAAAUGUUUAGAUUUUAAAGGAACACGUGCCUUGAGUUCAGUGAAGCUACCACAUGAGAGGUUGUGCUGUUAGUUAUUAGUUUAUUAGUUAACAGUAAUCAUCAGCAGAUUAUGAUUGAUUUGUUUAUUUAAUCCUUUGGCUCUGCAAUAACAAAUACACCCAUAAAUGCAGGUUGAUGCCCAAUAAAAAGAUAUUAAUUAGCCCCUUUUAUAGAGCCGUUUAAUGCCGGGAUAUUAACGUCUCUCCUCCACUAUGAACGCUCUCGAAGCGAGAUGCCGGGAUCAAAUGAUCCACCAAUUUUUCCCUCCAGACGUCACAGACGAGGAAAAAUGGUGGGAAUGUUGGAAGCGGGACGACUAUGAACGGGACGUCCCGGGAAGGUGGAAUAUUUGACGUCUAACACGCCUCCCACUGGGUCCGACAGUCAUCCAAUCACUUCACUGCGGCCGCCAUCGCUAACUGUACUGUGUCCACCGAUUAUUGUAAACAAACCGGCAUGCUAACUAUACACGUGGUGUCCACCGCUUAUUGUAAACGGGAGCGUGUCUAUGUUCCCCAGUUCCUAUUGCUGCGUUCAAUUGCACUGAAAAUUCAGACUUCUGAGGUAAAUGCAUUUCAUUGCUCAACCUCUGAAAACAACAUGGCCGACCACAGCAAGUGGAUGUUUGUUUGGAUGUCGUUGGAGCAUUUAAAAAUGAUUCUGGGGAAGUACAUCAACUACCUAAUAUGGGGGAAACUAUAAUAUAUUUUACACUUUUACUUUGCUUUUUCGUCCCUACUACGUUCACUGAGGCCACCGUCGCUAACUGCACAGUCUCCACUGCUUAUUGUAAACAAACCGGCAUGCUAACUGUACACGUUGUGUCCACUGCUUGUUGUAAACAAACGGAGGUCACUAAGUCAACACAUGCUGCUGCAGCACAUAAACACUGUACUGCUACAGAGCUUUUUUCCCCUGUUUUUUCUUACAUUUUUUUUUUUCAGUUUUUCUGACUAUUUUUUUCCCUUUUUUUUUUCAGACAAAUUUUUUCUGUUUUUCUGGCUAUUUUGUUCUGUUUUUCUGACUAUUUUCCCCUGUUUUUCUGACUAUUUAUUCCCUGUUUUUCUGACUAUUUUUUUCUGUUUAAAAAAAAAAAUUUAAAAAUUCUGUUUUAAAAAAAAAAAUCUUGUUUUUCUGACUAUUUAUUCCCUGUUUUUCUGACUAUUUUUUUCUGUUUAAAAAAAAAAUAAAAUUCUGUUUUAAAAAAAAAAAGAUCUUGUUUUUCUGACUAUUUAUUUCCUUUUUUUCUGGCAAUUUUUUUUCUGCUUUUCAGACUAUUUUUUCCCUGUUUUUCUGACUAUUUUUUCCUGUUUUAAAAAAAAAAUGUUUUCCUGUUUUUCUGACUCUUUUUUUUUUCUGUUUAUACAGUACUAUCGUCUCCUCCACCUCGUUCCGCGAUGCCAGACUAUAAAAGGGCAGAAUAUCACUUUGCCCUCAUGAGAUCACUAUGAACGCCCUAAAGAGAAAAGCCGGCACAGAUCUUUCCCCCAAUAUAUCGUUGGACAUUUGCAGGACGGCGCUAUGAAAGGGGCUUUAAAAAGGCACUGAAUAAAUACAUUAAUCUACAUGUUGUAAGCUAGUCGGAGCCAGAGAACACAGAGAGAAACAGGAGCUGAGUUAUUCUCGAGGAGUUUAAUUGUUGAUUAUGAGUUAGCUGUCACAUAACGCACAUAAUGAGUUUGCUGCUUGACUUUUUUAAAUUCACAGACAAGAUGGACCUGGUAUCCACAAACAAGCAUUUUUUUCGUUUUAUAAUAGACAACAAAUAACAAAAUAUCCAGUCAAUUUUUCAUUAUUUGAUUUUGAUUAGCAAUUGAAAAUGGAAAGAGCGAAUGAUUCACAGAUUGUCCUGGUGCCUGUUUUUAAAUUUCAUAUUUUUUUGAUCUGAGCCUAAUAUUGAAAUAUGAAAAAACAAGCAUUUUUUUUCACAUAUUUUGUUAGAAUAAAAAACAAAUAACAUCAUUUGAUCUUUAAUUGCCAAUUGAAAAUGGAAAGAACGAAUGAUUCACUGAUUAUUUUUGGCACGGAGAGAACCAAAAGGUUUCUAAAUGAACCUGUGAGCUUUAAUAAGGAAAUAUUUUUGGAAAAACAAACUUAAGUUUGAAACUUUAAGUAGUUUAUGCAACCGGGCAUUUAAAUGUGAAUGUAUUUUUUAUCUGUAUUAGUUCAGGUAAAUGAAUGGUGACAUGACAUGAGUGUGUGUGUAACAUUAUAUGACAAUAUGAUCUUUAUUUUGUCAUUAAGGGCUUGUUUAAAGACCAAUUUAUUUAUUCAGGUUCCUUUUAAGAUGUUAUUCUUUGUAUCAAUUGUAUUUACACUAAAUACAUGUAGAAUAGAUAUGUAUAGUGUUUUCUUUUAUGAGUAGUAUUGUCAUAAUUGUAAUUGCUUGAUAUAAAUAAAUAGUUAAAGGAU